AUGACCCGCUGGACAUCCCUCAAGGCAUCCAGACCACAUAAACCUGCCCCCUGCAGUCCAAUGGCCUGCUGCCAGCAUCUAAACCGGGCCCUGGCCUCCUCUGCCUGGAGGGCCCAGGAAUCUGGGGCUGAGCCAUCUUCUCGGCACAGUACCCGGGGUCCCCACCACCCCUGGCUCCCUGCCUCCUGGCCCAGGCAGAAACAGCAUCCACCAUCACAGCCCCAGGCCUCAGCUCCUCAGACCUAUGGAGCCGCCCCCAGUGGAGCCGGCCCAGAGGCGAGCCAGGGCCCCCCCAUCCCCAGGAUGACCUCGGCUGGCAGGGCCAACCCCUACAGUAUCGUGUCAUCAGAGGAGGAUGGGGUGCACCUGGUCACCAUAUCGGGGGCCAACGGCUUUGGAAACGGCAAGGUGCAACGGCGCCGGUGCUGGAACCGCUUUGUCAAGAAGAACGGCCAGUGCAAUAUUGAGUUCGCCAACAUGGAUGAGAAGUCACAGCGCUACCUGGCCGACAUGUUCACCACCUGCAUGGACAUCCGCUGGAGCUACAUGCUGCUCAUCUUCUCGCUGGCCUUCCUCACCUCCUGGCUCCUGUUCGGUGUCAUCUUUUGGGUCAUCGCUGUGGCACACGGUGACCUGGAGCCAGCCAAGGGCCGUGGCCACAUGCCCUGCGUGAUGCAGGUGCACAGCUUCAUGGCUGCCUUCCUCUUCUCCAUCAAGGUGCAGACCACCAUCAGCUACGGGCUGCGCUGUGUGAUGGAGGAGUGCCUGGUGGCUGUGUUCAUGGUGGUGGCACAGUCCAUUGUGGGCUGCAUCAUCGACUCCUUCAUGAUCGGCGCCAUCAUGGCCAAGACGGCUCAGCCCAAGAAGCGGGUGCAGACAUUGCUGUUCAGCCACAAUGAGGUGGUGGCCCUGCGCGACGGCAAGCUCUGCCUCAUGUGGCGCGUGGGCAACCUGAACAAGAGCCACAUCGUGGAGGCGCACGUGCAGGCCCAGCUCAUCAAGCCGCGGGUCACCGAGGAGGGCGAGUACAUCCCGCUGGACCAGAUCGACAUCGACGUCGGCUUCAACAAAGGCCUCGACCACAUCUUCCUCGUGUCCCCCAUCACCAUCCUGCAUGAGAUCGACGAGGCCAGCCCACUGCUUGGCAUCAGCCGGCAGGACUUGGAGAUGGGUAACUUCGAGAUCAUGGUCAUCCUGGAGGGCAUGGUGGAGGCCACAGCCAUGACCACGCAGGCCCGCAGCUCCUAUCUGGCCAAUGAGAUCCUGUGGGGCCACCGCUUCAAGCCUGUCCUCUUCAAGGAGAAGAACCAGUACAAGAUUGACUACUCCCACUUCCAUAAGACCUACAAGGUGCCCUCCACACCCCGCUGCAGCACCAAGGACCUGGUGGAGAACAAAUUGCUGCCCAGUGCCAACUCCUUCUGUUAUGAGAAUGAGCUGGCUUUCCUGAGCCGCAACGAGGAGGACAAGGCAGAUGGAGACCAGGAUGGCUGCAGCUCCCAGGCCCAGCAUGACUUUGACAGACCUCAGGCAGGUGGUGGCGGCCUCGAGCAGCGGCCUUACAGACAGGAGUCAGAGAUCUGA